UUGACCUACUAACAUUCUCCUCAGUUACUCGGUACGGCCGAACGGUCUCGUUAAUCCAAGUGCGCUCGAGCAGCACUCUCGCUGAUGCCGCAGCAAGAACAACGGACUUCGUGUUCACCAAAAUGCGCAGGAGCCGCGGCCUUCUGCUGUGGUUACCGACGUGCCUGGCCGUGGUCUUCGUCGUCCUGACGAUCGCGAGGUCGUCCACCGAGCUGCUUGGCUCCGCUCUGCCCGCCGUCGAGAAACGCGGCGGCGAUGCGCCGUGGGAAUCGCGCGGCGACGAUCGAUGGGUCGCUCGCAGCCAGGCUCGCCGAUACGUCACGCCAUCCCUCGCCGAACUGAGCGGUCGUGGACGCUUACCGUACAUGCACAAACACGUACUUAUGCUGACGCGCAUACCUGGCGCAGGUGCCGAGCUGAUGGUACUGAUCCUGCAGCGUCUGCAGGGUUACAACGCUUUCAAGCAUAUACGCUUACCAGCAGGUGACCACGGGCUGCUUUCGACUCUACAGCAAGAGUUGCUGGUGGAGGAGAUGACGAGCAUCAUCAAGCAGGAAGCCAUUCCCUUGAGCUUCGACGGGGACGUGAGGUUCCUGAAUUUCUCCGAAUUCGGGCGACAAGGACCGAGUUUCAUAUCUCUGGUGCGAGACCCGUUGGACCCGCGGAUCUGGCGAAGGUACAGCAAAGGAAAGGAAAGAGUGUUCUACCGCGGCGCCAUACCUCAUUUCUGCGGUCAGGAACCUCGCUGCACAGAACGGAACAACACGUGGGCGUUGGCGCGAGCGAAAGCGAACGUUGUUCGAUGGUAUCCCGUCGUUGGCAUAUUGGAUUACAUGGAAGAAUCGUUAAACGCACUCGCGCUUGAGUUUCCUUAUUUCUUCAAAGACGCCGUUCGUAUUUACAAGCAAUUCCGACUGAAGGAGAAGCGCCCCACUGUCUCCACGGUGCCUUUCAAGUUACGAGAUAGAAAUGCGUCCCUACAAAUGGCUCUCGCGCUAGAAGUGGAGUUCUAUCAAUGGCUCAAAUCUCGAUUGUUCAACGAGACUUUUAAAAAUGGUUGAUGGUGCGAUCGUUUGGUCGGAGGAGUAGUCUAAAAUCGAAAUCGAGACUUGAAUGACGUCAAUUGCGUUAUCGCGUUAGAAAGCAGUGAACUCUAUGGUAUACUAGAUUGAGCCUUCAAGAAAACGAAUAGAUGUUGGAUGGGUUGCUAUCUUUGUCAGUUGUACUUUCAGAACCUUAAAUGAGAUAUGUUACUGACAAAGAUGAAGUAACUUAUCCAAUUAUUUAUCUCUUUGAAGACUCACUUUAGUAUACUGUAAAGCUCACUGUUACAAGGAGAGAGAGAGAGAGAGAAAGGGCGCUUCUAGAAAUCACGAUUUUGUUAUUAGUGUAGCCAAGACUCGUAAAUAUGAGCCUGCCGUGCCAUCUAGAAACUGAAUAUGUGAUUAAUGUGUACCGCUUUAACGCGGGCGAUAAAUCGUCGCAAUUGCAAGAAAGUGCACGCGACGAAGUGAAUUCUCGCAAAACACAGCUGCAAUCUUCUUUUCUUUUUUACGUCAAUCUAUUUUAAUAGUCGUCGAAUAAAUACAGAGCGGUACAAAGAAAUGCUUCAUGUACACGUCAUUCCCUCUCCUCGAUUCCCUUCACACACAUAUGCACA